GCUUCCGAAGUGUUUUCGGGCCGGCUGUUCUUUGUCCUCCAUUACAGCUUGGAUUCCCAGCUCGACUGUACGGCGCAGGCCCGAAGUAGCGCAGCCGCUCUGAGACUGUAAGCGUUCCCCCUGCCCUCCGCUCCUUCCUCCUCCUCCUCCUCCUCCUGUGCCCCCGUGUCGUGUCGUGUUGUGCUGUGCCAUGGAAGACCACGGCGUGCACCAGGCGAGCGAGCACAUGAGCACCAUCGAGGCGCACGCCGUACAGCAGGUGCAGCAGGUCCACGUGGCCACCUUCACGGAGCACAGCAUGCUCAGCGCCGACGACGACUCGCCCUCGUCCCCCGAUGAUGACACGUACGACGACUCGGAUAUCCUCAACUCGACGGGGACGGACGAGGUCACGGCUCACCUGGCUGCUGCAGGGCCUGUUGGAAUGGCGGCUGCAGCAGCCGUGGCAACAGGAAAGAAGCGCAAGAGGCCGCACAUCUUUGAAUCCAACCCCUCCAUCAGGAAACGACAGCAGACCAGGCUGCUGAGGAAGCUGCGGGCCACUCUGGAUGAGUACACCACGCGUGUGGGGCAGCAGGCCAUCGUGCUGUGCAUCUCCCCCUCCAAGCCCAACGCCGUCUUCAAGGUGUUUGGAGCCGCCCCGCUGGAGAAUGUGGUGAGGAAGUACAAGAACAUGAUUCUGGAGGACUUAGAGAAUGCACUGGCUGAACACGCGCCGGCAGGAGGAGAGCUGAGCUCAGAGCUGCCCCCUCUCACCAUCGAUGGCAUACCCGUAUCAGUGGACAAGAUGACACAGGCUCAGCUGCGCGCCUUCAUCCCGGAGAUGCUGAAGUACUCGACGGGUCGAGGGAAGCCCGGCUGGGGCAAGGAGAGCUGCAAGCCCAUCUGGUGGCCAGAGGACAUCCCCUGGGCCAACGUCCGCAGCGACGUCCGCACAGAGGAGCAGAAGCAGCGGGUGUCGUGGACGCAGGCGCUGCGCACCAUCGUGAAGAACUGCUAUAAGCAACACGGCCGCGAGGACCUCCUCUACGCCUUUGACGACCAGCAGGUCACACAGCAACAGGUCGCCACGGCAGCCACGCACAGCAUCGCCCACCUGGUGCCCUCGCAGACCGUGGUGCAGACCAUUAGCAACCCCGACGGCACCGUCUCACUCAUACAGGUGGGCACAGGAGCGACAGUGGCCACCCUGGCGGACGCCUCAGAUCUGCCGGGCACGGUGACUGUGGCGCAGGUCAACUACUCCACAGUGGCCGACGGAGAAGUGCGACUAUCGGCAGAGAACUGGGCGGCGUUGCAGAGUGGCGAGAUGACCAUCCAGACGACCCAGGCGUCGGAGGCCACCCAGGCCGUAGCCUCGCUAGCCGAGGCCGCCGUCGCCGCCUCCCAGGAGAUCCAGCCGGGGCAAACCGUCACCAUGGCACUCAACAGUGAGGCAGCGGCCCAUGCGGUAGCCACCCUAGCGGAGGCCACGCUGCAGGGAACUCUACAGGGAGGACAGAUCGUACUGGCCGGGGAGACGGCCGCCGCCGUUGGAGCUCUCACGGGAGUACAGGACGGCAGUGUGUUCCUGCUCCAGCAGGAUCGGAACACUUCUCACGUGGGAGGUUAUGACACAAAUAACACAAGAGGUACAGGUCUGGUCCAAAUUCCGGUCAGCAUGUACCAGACAGUAGUGACCAGCUUGGCGCAGGGCAACCGGCCCGUGCAGGUAGCCAUGGCACCGGUCGCCACGCGCAUCGAGAACACGGUGACGCUGGACGGACAGGCCGUGGAGGUGGUCACCCUGGAGCAGUGACAGCCUCCCCCCCUGCAGGUGGACGGAACAGCAGGCACCACCGCCCCAUGAUUCCCAGUAACGCCGCACAGCCCCAUCCAGCCCACCCAGCCCCAACAGCCGCAUAGAUACCUACCUAGUGAGUGGAUCUGAGGUGGAAUGCGGGGGGGGCAUUGGUGACACCCAGGGACAACUUUCUCAUCCACUCCCAAAAACCAUCACCACUAACCCUUACAGUGACAGG